UCUCCCAGGCUCUCUCAACCAACUCAAACAGCAGAGGCAUCUCCCAGGUCGCUGAUAUCUUCUCCGCCACCGUAGGGGCAAAGCUCCCGACGACAUGGGUCUCGUCUGGAUGGUGGCCGCGGCCGUGGCGGCGGUGCUGGCGUCGUGGGCGUUCAACGCGCUGGUGUACCUCGUGUGGAGGCCGCGCGCCAUCACCAGGAAGCUCCGCGCGCAGGGCGUCGGCGGGCCGGAAUACAAGUUCUUUGCCGGCAACCUCGGCGAGAUCAAGCGGCUCCUGGCAGCCACCGCCGGCGCCGUGCUCGACGUCGGCUCCCACGACUUCGUCCCCAGGGUGCAGCCGCACUUCCGCAAAUGGAUCCCCAUCCACGGGCGCAUGUUCCUCUACUGGUUCGGAGCCAGGCCGACCCUGUGCGUGGCCGACGUGAACAUGGUGAAGCAGGUGCUGUCCGACCGCAGCGGGAUGUACCCCAAGAACAUCGGGAACCCGCACAUUGCCCGCCUGCUCGGCAAGGGGCUCGUGCUCACCGACGGCGAAGACUGGAAGCGCCACCGCAAGGUCGUCCACCCUGCCUUCAACAUGGACAAGCUCAAGAUGAUGACGGUGACCAUGUCCGACUGCGCUGGGUCAAUGAUGUCCGAGUGGAAGGCAAAGAUGGAGAAGGGUGGCGACAUGGAGAUUGAGCUGAGCAGCCAAUUUGAGGAGCUAACCGCUGAUGUGAUCUCUCACACGGCAUUCGGGAGCAGCUACGAACAGGGAAAAAAGGUCUUCUUGGCACAGAGGGAGCUCCAGUUUCUUGCCUACUCCACUGUAUUUAACGUACAAAUCCCAGCAUUGAGGUACCUUCCAACUGAAAAGAACCUUAAGAUAUGGAAGCUUGACAAGGACGUCAGGAGCAUGCUCAUGAACAUCAUCAAAACCCGCCUUGAGAACAAAGACACCAUGGGUUACGGCAACGACCUACUCGGGCUCAUGUUGGAGGCGUGCGCACCAGAGCAUGGGCAAAAUCCUAUUUUGAGCAUGGACGAGAUCAUAGAUGAGUGCAAGACCUUCUUCUUCGCAGGGCAUGACACCAGCUCACACCUGCUCACAUGGACCAUGUUCUUGUUGAGCACACACCCAGAGUGGCAGGAGAAGCUCAGAGAGGAGGUGCUGAGGGAGUGUGGCAAUGGGGCUCCCACCGAAGACAUGCUCAACAAACUGCAAUUGGUCAACAUGUUCUUGCUGGAAACUCUUAGGUUGUAUGGCCCAGUAGCUGUCAUUCAGAGAAAGGCAGGUUCAGAUCUCGAGGUCAGUGGCAUCAAAGUGCCCGAAGGCACAGUGCUAACAAUCCCCAUCGCAACGAUACAUCGUGACAAGGAGGUCUGGGGGGAGGAUGCCAAUGAAUUCAAGCCUAUGAGAUUCGAGAAUGGAGUGACACGAGCCGGAAAGCACCCCAAUGCCUUGUUGUCUUUCUCCAGUGGGCCUAGGUCUUGCAUAGGGCAAAACUUUGCUAUGAUUGAGGCCAAAGCCGUGAUCGCCAUGAUUCUUCAGAGGUUCUCAUUCUCCCUAUCCCCUAAGUACGUCCAUGCCCCGAUGGACGUGAUCACAGUGCGACCCAAGUUUGGGCUUCCCAUGGUCCUUAAGAGCCUAGAGAUGUAGCGCUGUGUUGAGUACAACACAAUUUUUUUUAUUGGUCUCAUUGCAAUGUAUUUUUUUGGAAAGCUACUAUGCUGGACUUUAUUGAGAACUAGAAAGAUCAUUCACAAGUUUUUUUUAUAA